AUGGAAACAUUUGCACCUGUGUUUGUGGAAUCGUAUGAUCCCCUCAAGGCAGGAAGCAUUGAUGGAACAGAUGAACUUCCCCAUGACAGAGCAGUCUCCAGGGCAUGCGCAGCAAAAUAUAAGCCAAAUAAAUUUGUCAGGGGUGAUAAAAAAUGCACAGUAUUUAUCGGACAUCUAAGUCCCAAUACCACCGAACAAAUGAUCACAAAAUCUUUCAAGGAGUUUGGUCAGAUUAAUUUUGUGCGAGUGGUCAGAGAUAUUGUUACUGGUUCUUCAAAGUGUUACGCGUUUGUUGAAUUUCAAGAUUCAUAUGAUGCUCGAAGUGCUGUUAAUAAUGGACAUAAAAUGGUUGUAGAUGGCCAUGAAGUUCUUGUAGAACAUGAGAAAGAACGAACUCUUAAAGGGUGGAUACCAAGGCGACUUGGAGGGGGCCUUGGGGGAAAACGAGAAUCUGGUCAACUCAGAUUUGGAGGAAAAGAUAGACCAUUUCGAAGACCUAUUUUCAGAUCAGAUACAGACAGGCCAAAACCUAAUAUAAACAGUACUGAUGCACGACCGAGAAGUAGAAGUGCUACCAGAGAACCCAUCAGACGUACGGAGAGACACAGAAGUAGAGAUUUCAGCAGAGGCCGAGGAAGACAGAGAAGUAGAGAUCGUAGCAGAAAUAGAGACAGACAGAAAAGUAGAGAUCGCAGCAUAAGUCGGGAAAGACUCAAAAGUAGAGAUAGAGAUCACAGUAAAAGCAGAGAAAGACACAGGAGUAGAGAUCGAUACAGAAGAAAAUGA